AUGUAUGAUAGUGAGAAGGAAUCCGUGGAAGGAGUCUCAGACGACAAAAAACAUGCUUGUGAUAUUUGUCAAGAAGUAUUUAUAAUUAGAUUAAGUAUGAUAAUGCACCGAUACACUGAUCACGGUGAACAAGAAAAAUACGCGUGUGACGAGUGCGAGAAGAAAUUUGUGAUGAAAUCGUGUUUGGUUAUGCACCAAAAAUUGGUACACAGAAAUCGCGAAGAUUUCAAGAGUAACAAUUCCGAGAAAACAUUUGAAAAUGAAUCAAAUUUACUCACGCACAAAAACAUAUUUCACGAAGUUUUCAAAAAUUACUCGUGUGAAAUGUGUGCGAAGAGAUUUGAUACGAUACAAAGUUUGAUCUUUCACAUAAAAACAGACCACGAAGGUCGCAAAGAAUAUGCAUGUGAUAAGUUUGAGAAAAAAUUUUCACAUGAAGCGAGUUUGCUCUACCACCAAAAGUUAGUACACGAAGUUCGAAAAUAUUACGCAUGCGACAAGUGUGAGAAGACAUUUGUGACUCAAGGCGUUUUGACCAGGCACCUAGAAACGGUCCAUGAAACUCGAAAAAAUGACUCAUGCGACAAUCACUAUAAGACAUUUGAUCAACAAUCGCAUUUGCUACACCAUCAAAACACAGUCCACGAAGGGCACAGAAAUUGCGUAUGCGACAGUUGCGAAAAGAAACUUGUACAAAAAUCAGAUUUGGUAAUGCAUCAAACGACAGUACAUGAAGGGCAGAAAGAUUAUGCUUGCGGCAGAUGCGAAAAGAAAUUUUCACAAAAAUCGAUUUCACUCACCCAUCUAAGGACAGUUUACGAAGAUCACAAAGAGUACGCGUACGACAGGUGCGAUAAAAAAUGUGCAAGUGAAUCGGAUUUGUCGAAGCACCAAAAGACGGUAAAUGAAAUUCGUAAAUCAAAGCAAUUUUGUAAGACACCAGAAAACAGUCCACAAAGGUUGCAAAGAUUACGCAUGUGACAAGUGCGAGGA